AAAAAAAUACAUUAAAAAAACUGUGAAAGUAGCGUAACGUGUGACGUCACCGCGCAGAGCGUCCUUUACAUUCUGGGCGGGAAAUACGCGGCUCGGACAGAGAGAGAGAGGAGACAGAACAGAGCGGAGGCAGAUAUACUAAAUAGAGGCAGACAGGCAGACAGACAGACAGACAGACAGACAGACAGACAGACAGGCGGAGGAUGAAGGUGUAUUUCUGCGGGAGUAUCCGCGGCGGCAGAGAUGACGUACACGUUUACCGGAGGAUCGUUCAGAAGCUGCAGAGCUACGGGAGCGUGCUGACCGAGCACGUGAGCUGCAGCGAGCUCACAGACAGAGGAGAGGACGUGGAGGAGGUGAGGGGGGGGGACCGAGCCAUCCAUGACCGAGACGUUGACUGGCUCCAUCAGGCUGACGUGAUCGUUGCCGAGGUAACGCAGCCGUCUCUGGGUGUGGGCUACGAGCUCGGCCGAGCCGUCGACAUGAAGAAGAAGAUCCUGUGUCUGUUCAGACCAUCGUCAGGGCGACGUCUGUCGGCGAUGAUCCGUGGCGCCGAGGACGGCGAGAUGUUCACCUUGAAAGAUUACACAGAAGAAGAAGUGGAGAAGGUUCUGGAAGAGUUCUUCAACAACCUGAACAGAACCUGAAGAAGAACUUCAGCAAAUAAAGAAGGAAAUGGUUCAGAAAAC